AUCCAUGCAACCAUCCAUCCAUCCAUCCAUCCAUCCAUCCAUCCAUCCAUCCAUCCAUCCAUCCAUCCAUCCAUCCAUCCAUCCAUCCAUCCAUCCAUCCAUCCAUCCAUCCAUCCAUCCAUCCAUCCAUCCAUCCAUCCAUCCAUCCAUCCAUCCAUCCAUCCAUCCAUCCAUCCGUCCAUCCAUCCAUCCGUCCAUCCAUCCAUCCCUCAAGCGUGGAGGGCAUCCGCCCCGAUGAAAGAAAAGGGAUGGAAGAGCCGAGCAGGCAGGAAAGGAGGCGAGUGCAGGAUGCCUCAGGUGUGGGUGAUGGGCUUAGUUGCAGUAGUGGUGCGAAAGAAGGUGACAAUAUGGAGGGAGGGAGACAGAAUCUGCCAUUGCUGGACUUCAAGGUGGUAUGUGGGGCUGUGAUGGUAUGUGGAGCUGUGAUGGUAUGUGGAGCUGUGAUGGUAUGUGGAGCUGUGAUGGUAUGUGGUGCUGUGAUGGUUUGUGGAGCUGUGAUGGUAUGUGGUGCUGUGAUGGUAUGUGAUGCUGUGAUGGUAUGUGGUGCUGUGAUGGUUUGUGGAGGUGUGAUGGUAUGUGGUGCUGUGAUGGUAUGUGAUGCUAUGAUGGUAUGUGGUGCUGUGAUGGUAUGUGAUGCUGUGAUGGUAUGUAAUGCUGUGAUGAUAUGUGAUGCUGUGAUGGUAUGUGAUGUGAUGGUAUGUGAUGCUGUAAUGGUAUGUGGUGCUGUGAUGGUAUGUGGUUCUGUGAUGGUAUGUGAUGCUGUGAUGGUAUGUGAUGCUGUGAUGGUAUGUGACGCUGUGAUGGUAUGUGAUGCUGUGAUGGUAUGUGAUGCUGCGAUGGUAUGUGAUGCUGCGAUGGUAUGUGAUGCUGAGAUGGUAUGCGAUGCUGCAAUGGCAUGUGAUGCUGUGAUGGUAUGUGAUGUGAUAAUAGGUGAUGCUGUGAUGGUAUGUGGUUCUGUGAUAGUAUGUGAUGCUGUGAUGGUAUGUGAUGCUGCGAUGGUAUGUGAUGCUGUGAUGGUAUGUGAUGCGGUGAUGGUAUGUGAUGCUGUGGUGGUAUGUGACGCUGUGAUGGUAUGUGAUGCUGUGAUGGUAUGUGAUGCUGUGAUGGUAUGCGAUGCUGCGAUGGUAUGUGAUGCGGUGAUGGUAUGUGAUACUGUGAUGGUAUGUGAUGCUGUGAUGGUAUGUGAUGGUAUGAGAUGCUGUGAUGGUAUGUGAUGCUGUGAUGGUAUGUGAUGCUGUGAUGGUAUGUGAUGCUGUGAUGGUAUGUGAUACUGUGAUGGUAUGUGAUGCUGUGAUGGUAUGUGGAGCUGUGAUGUAUGUGCUGCUGUGAUGGUUUGUGGUGCUGUGAUGGUAUGUGGAGCUGUGUUAAUGAUGCUGUGAUGGCGGAAAUGAUACUGGUGAUACUGAUACUGGGGAUGUUGAUGUUGAUGUUGAUGGGGGGAGGAUGAUGGUGAUGGCGGUAUGAUUAAUGGAGCAGCAACCAUAGCACGCAAUGCUAAGAUGGUCAAAGGACGAUAAGGCUGAUGCUCCUUUAUGCUCUCCAGUGUGUUGCUGUCAAGCAGUUUGUGUCCAUCUAGGUUCACUCUGCUGCCUAUGCGCACCUGUUCCAUCCCGUGUUUAUCCAAUCCUCUCCCCUUUCUUCCCCCCCUCUUCCUUCCCUCCUCCCUCCCUUCCAAGUCCCCCUCAGUGCCCUCUGCUCAACCUCUCGUACUGCCCGCCAUCUGAAUCCGCUCUGCAGCGAGGCCACACCCUAGUACCGUGCAUGCCACAUGCACCAUGUCGUAUAUGGCGUUCCACAUGCCAUGCCACAUGCCAUGCCACAUGCCAUCCCACAUGCCAUCCCACACGCCAUCCCACAUGGCAUCCCACAUGGCAUCCCACAUGGCAUCCCAGACGCUAUUUGGUUGAGCAUCCGCCCAUGCAUCCAUCCAUUCGUUGCCUUCAUUCACCCACUGGUCGCUCUCAGCCUCUUCACAAUGCCAUGGCUGCCUUUCCAAAGUGCACUGCCUGCAUCGGCUGACACUGCAUGUAUCCUCCUCAGUCCGCUCAGGGCUUCUCUCCCUCCCACCCCCCCCUUCCCUUCCCACACAUCCAUCUUCAUUCCUACUCUCCGUCCGGCUUCCCACGCCUCCCUCUUUCCCCCCCCUCACCCAUGCCCCACAUGCAUUUGCCCUACAGGUUGUGGUGGCAUUCGAUCCCCUUGCCUGGCCUCGUUCCGAAGUCAUUCGAUUCCCGGUGUCGUCCCCCAAUCUCCUAGUCACAGACGCUUCUGGCACCCCCAUCCCCUCUCAAGUGCUGCGGGACACCCUCCUCUCCCCCACCACCCGUGCCACCUACAUCGCUGCUUACACGGGCACGGGGGGCGGGGGAGGGGAGGAGGGGGCGGGGGUGGGGGAGGAUGUGGGGGAGAAAGGGGACGAGCGGCAGGAGCUGGAGGAUGGGCAGUGGCAGCCGAGCCAGCAGAGGAAGAGUAAGCGGAGGAAGCUGUUAUACUCACAAUAGGCUCAGAUGUGCCUAAAAUGAGAGAAAUUGUGCACUGUCAGAAUUCCGUCAGACAGCUUCAAAUAUUUAUGCCGAUCUGAUCUGUGCCUCAAACGGUGAUCUGUAAAUUGGAUCUGGAGCACGUUG